UGGAAGCAACUGGUCUUCCUUGGUUGUACUGAGUGACAGUUGUCCCAGGGUGAAACAGUUGAUGCAGCUAAAUAAGAAAACCAGGUGCCCUUGGAGCAGGCUUUAUGUGGCAGAUACUGUUUGCUCUGUGGAAAAUCGGGGGGUGGGGUUAACUUUUGACUGUUUAGUUCUUGAUUUAUGAUGCUGAUAUGCCAUGUGAUGAGCUGACAAAGUACUAACUUUAAAAAAAAAUAGUAUCCUUUUAUCUAAGUGAAAGGCUACUGUGACAGCCACCCAUGCUUCAUUUCUUUCUCUCUUGUUUUCCUCUUAUUUACCUAUGGACAUUUGCACCUGAGAAGGCAUGUUUCAAUUUAGAGGCAAUGUCUAUGAUAGGAAAUAGUGAAAGCUAAUUAAUUCAUUUGCAGUUGAGACUUGCAACUUCUGCCAGUUAGCACCAUCCUCUAACCUGCUGAGUUAAGUGCAAUAGAAUAGCAACUCUACAGCUGCUUUGAAACUCUUUUGCCCUCAUUUCAAAGCCCAACUCAUCUUAUUUUGUUAAGAAGCAUGUGGUAUACUGCGAUAAGGAAGAAAAAGAAAAACAUGUUGUCACUUGAGUGAGACUGCCUUAGUAAUGUUACCAUGUCAGGGUUGGGUGUUGACUGUCCUUUGGAAAAGAACAGGCCUAAACAGUAUCUUCUUCAUCCUGUAGCUAUGAGGAAGGCACUGUGAUUGAGAUCAGAGAUGACUUCUUAGCUCAUUUUUAAUCAAAUGUAAGUUAACUUUAAAUACACAGCAAAAGGAUGGGAGUAAAAAGAAGCUGUAUAUUUUAAAGGACCUUUUUCACAUAAACUUUGUUUAUGUAAGAUGAGGUAAAUAAUACUUAUCUCAGAAUCAUUCUGAAGAUCAAAGGCUUUACAGCCUUGAGCAGUGCCUGGCCCAGGAUAGGUACUUAAUAAAUGGCAGCUAUAUCAGUAAUAAUGCUGUAAUAUUGAAGACUACCAGGCCAAAAAGAAAAAGAAAAGGACAUAGCACAAGGGAGAGUGUAAUAAAAUGAACUGAUAUGUGUAUAUAAAAUAGAUUACAUUAGGUAUCAUGAGGAUUAGUGUGAUAGUGACCUUGUUGCUAAGUGCAAAAGCAAAACAAUGACAUAAAAACAAGUAGGCUAGGCACUCAGUGGAGGAGAGAGAUGGAGGCAGACGCUGCAGGAAAAAAGCUGAGUAAAAGGGGCCUUUGAUUCCACAGGCACAAAAAUCCACAGCCAGGAAUUUGCUGCCACCUCUGAGUCAGGCAGGGGGUGGGGGUAGGGAACGCCAUUCCAUUAGAGAAUGCCCAGUGGAUUUAGUCUGAGUGUCACAUUUCUUAUUUGGAACAGUGUAGACAGAAACAAACUCAGCUCACUUGUUUCCUGGGACAGUUGAGUUAGGGGAUGGCUUUCGCAGAGCACUCAUCGCUGACCCCUCACCGUCGGGAUCUCUGUAGCCGCUCCAUCUGGCUAGCAAGAAAGAUUCGUUCAGACCUGACGGCUCUUAUGGAAUCUUAUGUGAAACAUCAGGGUCUGAACAAGGACAUGGACCUGGAUUCUGUGGAUGGUGUGCCAAUGGCAAGCACUGAUCGGUGGAGUGAGCUGUCUGAGGCAGAGCGACUCCUAGAGAACCUCCAAGCUUAUCGUACCUUCCAUGGUAUGUUGAUCAGGCUUUUAGAUGACCAACGGAUGCAUUUUACUCCAGCUAACAGUGACUUCCAUCAAGCAAUACAUACCCUUCUACUCCAAGUUGCUGCCUUUGCUUACCAGCUGGAGGAAUUAAUGACGCUCCUGGAACUCAAGAUCCCCCCCAGUGAGGCUGAUGCGAUGCCUGAAAUUGUUGGAGACGGUGGUCUCUUUGAAAAGAAGCUGUGGGGCCUAAAGGUGCUCCAAGAGCUUUCCCAGUGGACAGUGAGGUCCAUCCAUGACCUUCGUGUCAUUUCUUCUCAUCAGACUGGGAUCUCAGCACAUGAAAGCCGCGCAGACACCUGCAGAAGUUUCAGGGAUCCAUGGAGCAUGGCGUAAGCUCUGCUGAGUUGCACGUGAAGGAAUGUUUAUGCAUAAGAGGCACAUUUGAAGUGGCAGAGAGUCCAGAAAAGGUGUAAGUACUAACCACUGACUGGGGGGAAAUAGGAGCAGGUCUGUUGAGUGCACCUCCAGCACUGUGCUUUGUAUCAUUUCUUCAAGAAACUCGCAGGAGGGGGAAAUGAGCACUUAGCUAUAAUAAUAAAGACAUGAACAUGCAUGGGUCUGCAUGUUAGACAUCACAUCAUGCUCACCUGAAGUGGAUGAAACAGACUGAAUGAAGGGUUGACAUUAAGCCAGGGCUAUAGGUGCCUAUUCUAUAACAAAGGGAAAAUGGUGACACUCCGAGUCUAUAUAUUUUUAACCAUCCACAAUCCAAAAGAGAUUUUUGAUCUUUAGAUUUCAACUCUUUUCCUCAGAUCUGUAUAUGGAUAGGAUCUCUGGGGAAAUAAUAUUUUUAUAUACAUAUAAACUAUAUAUAUAUAUAAGUAUGUACAUAUAACGAUAUCCUAUAUGUGUGUAUGAUUAAAACGCACAAAUUUAGUUUUUUGCCCCUAAUCCUUAUUUUGCAAAGAAGAUUCCUUCCAUCCCACUGUUUCCAGAAAUGCUCCCUUCAUGGGGAAAGAGACUGUUUUCCUGACUGUCAAAGAAUCACAUGUGUGAGAGUUGAUAACUUCCUCCUGAGAGCCAUUUGGAAAAGAUUUGCAAAUUAGUACAAACUUGAAGGCCAAGCAUAGAAUAAAAUUAGCUUUAAGAUAAUCAAGUUUGAGGGAAGUGAGAGUUUUAAUAAAAAUGGAAAGUGUAAAGUCAUAGCCCUGGUAUGGCUGUUAUUUCAGGCCGCUGUGGAUUAAAGCCCAACGGAUGACUCAUCGUGGUGACUGCUGGUCAAACCAUGAGAGGACAAGUAAAUAUUUCAGGGAGACAUAUCUGAAAUGUUUAGAAUGGUUUUUGUAAAUCCUCACCUUGUGAAAUAGCUGAGAAUAAGGUGGUGAUGGGGAAAGGAGCUUUCAUCAGGAUGAGAAAAGGGGUUGGUGAAGAGGAAAAGGAGAAAGAAAAUAGAAUUUGGAUAUAACUUCAAUUAUUGUGUGCAUGGGUGUCUAUGUGCAUUAAUGUGUGUCGCCAGCAUUGUUUAGGCCAGGACAUUUAAAAGAAUGGUUUGGCCUCUUGUCUCAUUCCACCUAGGCUUGAAGCCUCAGAUUCAAGAAUGAAUCCUCUGAUGAUGGUACAUUAAAAAAAUGAAUGUGACAAAAAUUUCCUCUAUCUGCUUAAAAGCUUCUAUAGAGCUCAAAGGUCUACAGAUAAAUAAAGACAAAAAAAUAUAAUUUGUUCUUUUGAUGUAAUGUGUGUGGGGCAUGAGAUAAGAAAAUCCACAUGCAUGUGACUCUUAUAGUACUUGGGUGGAUCAAUUUUGGGCAAAUAGAAAAUAAAAGAUGCAGGAAAGGCUCACAAUAAAGAUCUCACCUCAGCAAGA